AUGCACAUGCAUAUAUACUCUGUACAAAGUCUAACAGUGUCUUCGCGAUGUCAACCUUCGCCUGCCCAGGUACACAAGAAUAUAUCACCUCACAGCAUCACGUCCAUUGCCCACCCUCGCGACCUCACCCCCCACCAGAAGGCGGCUGAGCAUAGACACCUAUUCGUACUUUGCUCCUCCAAAGUGGACAAUCUGGCCAGGCAGGUCGUAUCCACCCGCACUCAACAAGUUUGGCGCCGCGGCCAAGUUUCCCGUUUGUGCAGAGCCACUGAGCCAGAGACGGGCUACGACGGGACCUAUCGCAGGCCGUCCGUAUUUACAGGGACGAUUCUGGGGUUUCUUCGACACCUGGCACUUCUGCACUGUUCUGUUCUCUCGAGUCUGUCGCCGUUCAGCCCACCAACCUCACUCAUCCCGAAAAACGAUCGCGUACCCUGCAAGGACAAGGUUCCUUUCCCUCAUUACGUACCUGUCCUAUUUCCAGUGCAAGGAAGGGGCAGCUUGGCGGGUGACUUUCUUCAGACUGCAGGGUACCUCUCCAGCCCUCUCCCCAGGGGCCUCUGA